AUGGACUGCAAUCAUCUACUGAAGUUGGGCAUGAAUGCAAAGAAGCUUUUGGAGAACGGAAAGGGGAUUCUUGCGGCAGAUGAAACACCUUGCACAUUGGGGAAGCGGUUUGCAAAGCUUGGGAUAGAAAACAAUUCAGAAAAUAGGAGACGAUUCAGGGAGCUUUUGUUUGGUGCCGAACAAAUAGAUAAGUACAUAAGCGGAGUUAUUUUCCACGAAGAAGCGCUUGACCAGGUUGACAAGAAUGGAUCAAAAUUAACAGAUGUGCUUCUGAGGAAAAACAUUGCUAUUGGAAUAAAGCUUGACAAGGGAUUAAUUGACUAUAAGCAAAGAGAGAAAAUAUCUGUAGGAUUGGAGGAUCUGGAUUUGCGAUGCAAGUCUCCUGCACUCAAGGGUGUAACGUUUACAAAGUGGCGCUCUUUGUUUUACUUUGACCACGAGAUUCCAUCGCAGGACUGUAUCAAUGAUAAUUGUGAGGUCCUGGCAAAGUAUGCAAUAACAUGUCAGCAGAAUGGCCUUGUUCCGAUUGUCGAGCCCGAGAUCUUUUUUGAAGGAGAUUAUACAAUUGAGAGAGCAUUUGAGAUGUCUAGAAGGAUUUUGAGUACACUAGUGAUGUAUUUGAAUUACGAAUCUGUAUAUAUGCCUGGUGUACUGAUUAAAUCGAGCUUCGUGACUGGAGGCUCAAUAAGCAACAGUGAGUAUACGCCAAAGAAGGUUGCAUAUUUGACAUUCAAGGCUCUUCUAUCGACGAUUCCUUGCGCAGUGCCUGGAAUUGUGUUUUUGAGCGGAGGGCAAGGGACAGAAAAUGCAAUGAAGUACCUUAAUGCUCUAAACUUAGAGAGAGGAUGUAGGACAUGGACACUGAGCUUUAGCUUUGCAAGGGCAUUUACACAGAAUGUCUUGGAAGCAUGGGCAGGCGUUGAUGAGAAUGUGCCUGAGGCACAGCGAAUAUUGCUUGAGAAUGUGCUUAUGGCAUCGAAAGCAUCGAAUGGUGAGCUUGAGAUGCUUGAUACGGGAUGCAGUGAUCAAUAA